AUUAUUGUUUUGGAAAAUCAUACCGCUCUUUCACAGUGAUUUCCUGGAAGUAAACACCUGAUUCUUCUCUCUAUCGAAGCCCGAACUGACUUUGCACCAGAAAGCUGUCUUUCUGUCACAUCACAGCAUGUCCGGAGUCGACGAGGAGGCGCCGGGCAAUGAGGCGGAAAAAGUGCCUAAGGAGGAGGCAAAUGAAGAUGAUUCCUCUGAGCUGCCAAAGGAUGUGGACAAGGCUGUGAAUAGUGAGGAGCAAGAGAGUGGUGUGCCUUCGACUGCGGCAGAAGUGUUGAGUGAUUCGACGGAUUUGGGUGAGAAGAAGCCAGCGAAUGAGGAGUACGCGAAGCACAUUGUAAGGGAUGAAAGUGGGGCGGCAAUUUACGUGGAUCCCAGCACAAAGCUGAAAUAUCGCUGGUGCGAGGAGAAAAAUGAGUGGGUGCUUCAAACGGCGACGGAGACGGAGGCGAAGGAUCCCUACGAGACGGAGCACUAUCGCUGGUGUGCCGAGAAGGGCGAGUGGGUGCUGAAGGAGGAGCGGCUGGAGAAUGAGUUCUACACGUGGUCGAGUGAGAAGGGCGAGUGGGUGCCCAAGGCGGGGAAGAAUGGGGAGUAUGUGGACAAGGACGGUGUCCGAUAUGCUUGGGAUGCGGAGAAGAGCGCCUGGUUCCCUGCCAUCGAUGAGGAUUUCAUGGCGCAUUACCAGAUGAAUUACGGAUUUGUUGAUAAUACGGGUGAGGACCAGAAGCCAGUGUUGGCUAUGCCUGAGGCUCCGGCCAGUGAGCCGAAGUGCGAGGAGAAGGUGGCCGGAGUGAAGAGGAAAGCAACGCAGGAACCACCGAAAUGGUUUGAUUUGCCACCAGAGCAGAACACUAAAGUCUAUGUGUCGAAUCUGCCGGAGGACAUCACGGAGGAAGAGUUCGUGAGUGUCAUGUCCAAGUGUGGCAUGAUUAUGCGGGACAUUCAGACGCAGAAGCUCAAAGUGAAAUUGUACAUGGAAGCAGAUGGGCAGCUUAAGGGUGACGGAUUGUGUGACUACAUUAAGGUGGAGUCCGUGGAGUUGGCACUAAACAUUCUUGAUGGCUAUGAAUUGCGUGGCAAGAAGUUGAGUGUGCAGAGAGCGAAAUUUCACAUGCGUGGCGAGUACAAUCCGGCACUGAAGCCAAGGAAGAAGAAAAAGGACAAGGAGAAGAUAAAGAAGAUCAAGGAGAAAUUGUUCGACUGGCGUCCGGACAAGAUGCGCGGCGAGCGGGCGAAACAUGAGAAAGUGGUGGUGGUGAAGAAUCUCUUCGCCCCCGAGACCUUCGACAAGGAAGUUCAACUGAUCCUUGAGUAUCAGAACGACUUGAGGGAGGAGUGUGCCAAAUGCGGAACCGUUCGCAAGGUUGUCAUUUACGAUAGACAUGCCGAAGGAGUCGCUCAGGUGACAAUGGCCGAUCCUGAGGAGGCGGAUUUGGUGGUGAAGCUGCUCGAUGGACGAUUCUUCGGCAAGCGGAAACUGGCGGCUGAGAUUUGGGAUGGAAAGACGAAAUUCAAAAUUGUGGAGACAGAAACGGAAGCCCAGGAGAGAUUGAAGAAAUGGGACAAGUAUUUGGAGCAGAAGGAAGCGGAAAGGGAGGCAAAUGAGAGUGAAUAA